CGUCGAUGGGAGGGCCAGCUGCAAACGAGAAACCAAACUGGAGGGACAAUGAGUCAAAUAUUGGGAGUACUUGGAGUGAUCUUGCUUACACUGGCAAUCUGCCAGGCGGAAACCGUGGACCGCUAUGAGACAAAAACGCAAAACGACACCUACGGACCGGUGACUAUGGUCGUGGACAACCUGGCCGAUAUAGCCGUCAAUGUCAGCGACAACUCCACCGCUCAGUUGCAGGACAAGAUGGAUCGCACCGAGCGGGACAUAGCCGGGAAUAUGGAGGUACUUACCGCCAAUGCCCUGGCGCAGUUGAGCGACGUCAUCUUCCAGACCAACGAGCUGCUGGUGGCCAAUCCCGACUGCAAUCCCGCCUGGAGCCUGGAAGAGCUCAACGAGAAUGUGAACGCUCAGCUCAGCACUUGCACCGUCAGCUUGGCAGAUCUCCUGCAGGAUUUCCGGGUGCAGAGUCAGCAGGCCAUGAGCCGCGUCCAGGGCUUUGUCCAUCAAAUUGCCGAGUUGCCAGCCAAGUGCCAGCUGGUAGGCGCUUCGCCGCUAAAUCCGCUGGCAUCGGCCGGUGCCCAUAUCUGCUUCAUUAAUGCCAUGGCGGAGGUGAACGUGGGCAUGGCCCAGUCUAUGCACGAUGCCUCCGUGCUCCUGGUCCAGACCCACCAGGCAGCCGCCGAGCAGGAAGAGCAGGCGCAGCAGUGCAGCGUAGCUGUGGUCCAGCAGUUUGGUGACUAUCUGCGGGAGGAGCAGGACCAGUGCCAGUCCUAAGGGACAGAGCAAGAGUGAGAGAGAGUCCCUACGAAAUACAGGCAAAUUUAUGCACCCAGGACGAGAAUUCGCCACAUCCUGCUCACUUAUUGCUUAUGCAUGACAUUUAUUUGACAAGUUUUUGAUUGAUUUUACAGCUGCCGCUGCCGAUCUGGUGCAGCCAGAGGUCUCUGCAUGUCUGCAGCUACAGUCGAGCCAUUUUAAAGCGAACUCUCCAAUAAAUAAGGAUACUUUGAGAGUA